UUUCCUAAACGCAUUUUUUGUUCGAUGUGAUUAUGGAUAAUAUUUGUAUCAAACAUUAGGCAAACUUGUAUAAUUUUCCACCCGUUGUUAUGUGGUGCAACGAUUGUUUUAAUAACAAAGGAUGCGUAGAAUAAAAACAAUCUGCGUAAAAUGAAUCAAAGAUUGCCAUUCGAGAAGAGUCUUCCGCUGAAUAUUGUUUAGUAAAGUGUUGGUUGUGGUGUAAAAAUGGAACAAUCCAAUAUGAACGACAAGGAUUUGAUUGAAGAUAUUGACGAGGAUAUGCCCCUGGAACUGAUGGAACAUGCUAAUGCAGCAAAGAUGGAAACGCUCCCGAUUAAGUCGAAAGAAAAGUACAAUCGAGUGUAUCGCACAACUUUAAAGACUGGACAAACAGUUAUGGUGUAAUUGCCAUAACAUCUGACCUAAUAAUCGCGUAUUUCCACAUGUUGGACGAAAAAAAAUACAAACCCACCAGCCUAUGGGCGUUUCAUUCGAUGCUAAAGUCCACUUUACGUGCUUACGAUAACGUUGACAUCGGAAAAUUUUGUCAAGUGACUGCAUUCUUAAAGACAAAGUCCAGCGGGUACAAAGUGGUGAAGGCGAAGGUAUUCGCUGAAUCCUACAUUCUAAAAUUUAUAGACGAAGCAGAAGACCUGACGUGGUUAGAUGUAAAGGUUGUACUGAUAUUCGGCAUUUGCGGAGCGUGUCGUACCGACGAAUUAACCAGAAUCACCCGCGAUGACGCGGAAAGACAUGGCGAUUUAUUUCUGGUGAAGCUGCAGACGACAAAAACAAAGGUGUCUGGUUCAUUUACUAUCAACGACAGGUUCGCCAUGAUCGUUCAGAAGUACAUUGAUCUGAGACAAGAUCGUGUGGAAGGAAAGGACCGUUUUUUCUUGAACUAUCAGCGCGGCAAAUGCACCGUCCAGUUCAUCGGCAAGAACAAAUUUGCCCAGAUGCCGCGCCGAAUUGCGGCAUAUCUUGGUUUACCUGAAGUAGAUCGCUACACAGGACACACUUUUCGGCGCACAUCCGCUACCAUAUGGGAGAUGGCGCACUGUGCACCGUCUGCUUGUUUGGAUACGAUUGGAAUAAUCCCCGCAAAUGCAAGUACAUCUGUUGAACUACCAAAUUGCGCGUUAACAGCAUCCACUGUUGCCGUGAUGUCCACGAGAAUGAUUGCCGCAACGCCAGCAUCCGCUGUGCCAUCGAUUUCAAAUGUCGCAGAACAGGCGAGUCAAAAUCAUGCGAAUCAACAGGCAUCUACAGACUUACAUGGAUAUAUCGUUCCUGACGAAUGUCAUCAACCUGACAGUGAUACGGCUAUGCAGAAUUGCUCUCAAACGAACAAUUCGUUUUUGAAUGCGAUUCUCACUCGAUCAUUUAAGUCUGUUAAGUAA